AAGCAGCACCUUACCAGGGUCAAUGACUGUUUCACGUGCUGAGUAUUUGCUGUUAAACAUCGUGGGAGGGUCCGUGUUUAUGCUGAAAGUCCAGGUGAAUGACAUCAUCAGUCGUCAGUACCUGAGUCAGGCAGUGGUAGAAGUAUUUGUAAACUACACGAAGACAAAUUCCACGGUGACCAAGAACAGUGGCGCAGUGUUGAUAACAGUACCCUACAAAUUAGGACUCGGCUUAACUAUUAUUGCUUAUAAAGACGGCUACGUGUUGACGUCACUGCCAUGGAGGACCGGGAGAAUGCCCAUAUAUUCAUCAGUUACACUUUCACUGUUCCCGCAAAGCCAAGCAAAUAUAUGGCUAUUUGAAGACACUGUUUUGAUUACUGGAAAAUUAGCUGAUGCCAAAUCUCAACCAAGUGUUCAGUUUUCAAAAGCUUUAAUUAAACUUCCGGACAACCAUCACAUUAGCAACGUCACGGGUUACCUUACGGUGCUGCAGCAGUUUCUGAAAGUGAACAAUUUUCAGUAUACAACCGGAAUCACUCUCAAUAAUCCAGGUUUUGAAAACAUUGAAUUGACUCCUCUCGCUGCAAUAUGUGUGAAAAUAUAUUCUGGAGGAAAAGAAUUAAAAGUGGAUGGUUCUGUGCAAGUGUCUCUUCCUCUUCUGCGCACAAAUGACCUGAGAGCCGGGGAUCGAGUCCCUGCUUGGACCUUCGAUAUGAACACGGGUGCUUGGGUGAAUUCUGGCCAAGGAGUGGUAAAAGAACACAACAAUCAUUUAAUUUGGACGUACGACGCCCCAUAUUUGGGCUACUGGGUAGCAGCCCCCCUUCCGGGAAGUAGAGGUUCGGGUAUAAAUGAAGAUUCCAAGGACAUAACAGCCUACCACACAGUGUUUCUUACAGCCAUAUUAGGAGGAACGAUAGUCAUUGUCAUUGGAUUUUUUGCUGUUCUCCUUUGUUAUUGCAGGGAUAAGUGUGGUACUCCACCAAAAAGAGAAAGAAAUAUCACUAAACUUGAAGUCCUCAAGAGAGACCAGACAACUUCAACGACACACAUUAAUCACAUCAGUUCGGUCAAAGUUGCAUUAACGUCUGAGGACAAGUCACAGUUAUUCAAUGCCCAUAACUCCUCGUACAGCCCUCAAAAGAAGGAGCUAUCAAAGGCAGAAGCCGAAGAAAGAGUUUCCAUGAUAAAAACUCGGGAUAAUUUUAAAAUCUACAAUGAAGAUGUUUCAUUUCUAUCAGUCAAUCAGAGUAGUUACUCAAGAAAACCCACACCGUCUUUGGAGCCCAAUACGGGGACCAAACAACCUAAGCGCGUCGGCAGCAACCUGUCUUCCUCGUCAGGGGACACUCUAGAGCAGAAGCCGUAUCUCACAGGGAGCGAAGAGGGAUAUGGGUGUCCCCAGAUUCCCGAGCAGCUCAUGCAUCUCUACAGCCAGCCCAUUGCCAUCCUGCAAACCUCUGACCUCUUCUCCACUCCAGAGCAGUUACACACUGCAAAGUCAGCUACUCUGCCCAGAAAAGGACAGUUAGUCUAUGGCCAACUGAUGGAGCCAGUGAACAGAGAGAACUUCACUCAGACGUUGCCCAAAAUGCCAGGGCAUUCUCACGCCCAGCCCCCAGAUGCCAGGGAGGAGGACAUCGUACUGGAAGGUCAGCAGAGCUUGCCAUCCCAGACUUCAGAUUGGAGUCGGUAUUCCAGCAGCUUACUGGAAUCCGUCUCUGUUCCCGGGACACUGAAUGAAGCCGUCGUGAUGACUCCGUUUUCCUCAGAACUUCAAGGAAUCUCGGAACAGACCCUCCUCGAGCUGUCCAAAGGAAAGCCCUCCCCGCACCCCAGAGCUUGGUUUGUGUCUCUUGAUGGAAAGCCAGUCGCGCAGGUGAGGCAUUCCUUCAUAGACCUGAAAAAGGGCAAGAGAACCCAGAGUAACGACACAAGUCUGGACUCUGGGGUCGACAUGAAUGAGCAUCACUCAAGCCGGAAGCUCGAGAGGGAGAAAACGUUCAUCAAAAGCAUGCAUCAGCCCAAGAUCCUGUACUUAGAAGACUUAGACCUGAGCAGCAGCGAGAGUGGGACCACCGUCUGCUCGCCGGAGGACCCCACUUUAAGGCACGUCUUGGAUGGAGGGAGCGGAGUGAUCUUGGAGCACCCCGGGGAAGAGUCCCCAGGAAGAAAAAGCACUGUUGAAGAUUUUGAGGCCAAUACUUCCCCCACGAGAAAGAGGGGCAGACUGCCGCUAGCCAAAAGAGACAGCAAGACUAACAUCUGGAAGAAGCGCGAGGAACGCCCGCUGAUUCCCCUCAAUUAGCUCCGGCGCGGUUGUGUCCCUGCCUUUUGUGCCGUGUUUUCUUGCUUCUUGUUGUAAAUCGCAGUAUGAACUUCCUAAGAAAUCGGGACUGAACCGUCUUAGGGUCCCAGGACAUGUCUCAGGCAGAUGCUUUUUCUGGCCUAUUCUUUUCAUUUAUUUUUUGAGUGAUGAAUUUUAAAGUAUCUUAAGUUUUCAAAACGUAACAUAGUGUUGAGAUGUUCGUUAUCUGUUUGCCGAUUUGGUACCGACUCUUCUACGAGUGAGACAGUGGAACGUGCGCCCCCAAAGUUGCUCCCCCAAAUGCUGCCUCUGCCUCGACGACUACCCCGUGGGACCUUGAGAAAUGAAACUCCUCUCCAGCAUCGUCAAUGUGAAACGUUAUUGUUAUGCCCUCCUCUGCCGAUACUUAAAAACAACCUGAUGAAAGUCGGACUGUUGUUUUCCUAGAGUUUAAAGACCAAGCAACACUUUCUUUGAGAUAAAUAGCAUGUGUAUUGUGUCACCCUAAGAUAAACCCUACGCUGAUACGAUGGGCAAGAAGCUUUUUGGUCAUUAGAUGGGGAGACAUCAAGUCUUGGGUUGUUUUUGGCUAUGACUUCACAGAAUAAGUAAGGUAUCAAGUUGUUAUGUAGUAAUUUGAGAAAUGAAUACUCUGAUACUGGAUUUUUAUUUUUUAAUCUUUUCUUUUUCCUCCCCUUAAAGAUUAAGUGACCUUAGCUAUCCAUGAAAUUUUUUUUUACCAGGGCAAAAAACAAAACAAGAUGAAACUAUGAUAUGUGUAAGUUAAAAACAGUUUUAACAUACUCUGCUUCAAAAACCCAACCUUAGUCACUUAAAGGCCAUCAAACUUGAUUUAAAAAAUGAUAUGAGAGUCAUUUGUGAAUGUCAAAAAGUUAACAAAAUAUGUAAAGAUUAAGGAAAUAAGUGUUUCACCUCAAUGAGCAGAAAACAAAAAGCCAUUUUUCUGAGGAUCAGAAAUGUUUUUUGGGUUACUAAUUAGAAAUGUUGACAUUUUUGAAGGAAAAGACAUUUUUGAGGAAAAGAGUUUCAAUUUCAGGAGAAAUAUAAAUUUUUCCUUAUAUUGCUUGUAGCCUCUGCAGUUUUUUCUCCUUGGUUUUAGAAGUAUAUCGAAAUCUUUUCAAUCAUAGCAAAGAACUCAAUGUGAACACAUUCGAUAUUUGUUUUUAAUUAUGUCUUCAACUCUGAAGUAUCAUUCAUGUGUUCUAAAAAAUAAAAGCUCUUGUUAAUUAAAAUUUACUCACCCCAUUUUUCUUAAAAAUUUCAAU